AACCCGUCCCAGGGCAGAUUCCAAACUUUCCGUGUUGUUCCUCCCGCGUCCGCCGCCGGGAUUCCGGGUCUGGGAGAAUUUCCCGGGAAUCUGCAGCGACCACCGGGGAUUUGCGGGAUCCCGGACACUCCCGGGAUCUGGGACCCCGGGCCCCGACCAUGAACAACGGCAGCGGCGGCGAGACGGCGGGCGGACAAACACCGGGCGGGCCGCCGCUCCCCGCUCUCCACAUCCCCGCGCUGGUUCUCGGGGGGCUGCUCAUCGCCCUGAUUAUCGCAGGGAACCUGCUGGUCUGUCUCGGCGUCGCCACAGAACGGCCGUUGCGAACCGCCACCAACAUCUUCAUCGCCAGCCUCGCCACGUCCGACCUGCUGCUCGCCGUCCUUGUCCUCCCGCUCUACGUCUUCCAGAAGUUCCAGGGCGGGGUGUGGACGCUCGGCCCGGGUGUCUGUGACUAUCUCAUGACCAUGGACGUCAUGCUGUGCACGGCUUCCAUUUUCAACCUGUGCGCCAUCAGUGUGGACAGGUUUAUUGCGGUCCGGAUCCCCCACAACUACAGCAGGACCCACAUUGACGUUCGACAGGUGGCCCUGAUCUCACUCACCUGGAUCCUGGCGCUGGCCGUCGCAUCUCCCAUCGCCUUGGGCCUGAACCAGGUGCCGGACCGGGACAUCAGCGUGUGCCGGCUGGAGGACAACUCAUACAUCAUCUGGUCAUCGGUCUGCUCCUUCCUGUUGCCUUGUCCUGUCAUGUUGUUGCUGUAUUGCGCCGUGUUGCGGGGUCUGCAGCGCUGGGAAGCCUCUCGUAACCGCGCCCGCAAACUACGCCGGCACCCGCACGGCUUCAGGAAGAUGGAGGGGAGCCCCUCGGACCGGGAGCCGGAGAGGGAGAGGGAGGGGGAGAGGGAGAAGGAGGGGGAGAGGGAGAAGGAGAGGGAGCGGGUCCAGGAGCCGAGGCCGGAGCCGGAGCCGGAGCCCCCCCGCCUCGCCACCCGCCCGGCCAUGUACGCGCAGCCCGGGACCUGCAGCCGGAAAGUCCGCAUCAGCGGCAGGGAACACAAGGCCAUGACCGUUCUGCCCGUCGUGCUGGGGGCUUUCCUGCUGUGCUGGACGCCGUUUUUUGUGGUCCACAUCCUGAAGGCAACUUGCAACACCUGCCACGUCUCUCCACAGCUCAUCAGCACAGUGACGUGGCUGGGUUAUGUCAACAGUGCUCUCAACCCCUUCAUCUACACAUUCUUCAACAAGGAGUUCAGGAACUACUUCCAGAAGGUUUUGUACCCAUGUCGCUGAAUCCAGAAUCCACCCAGCAAUAAAUCUAAUUCAUUUUUGUAGAGAUGACUGCAGCUAUUUAUGUGACUCCCCACCCUAUGUCACCCGGAACAAUCGGACACAAAGGCCUUCCUUUAGCCUGGCCAUUGGCAAGGUUCAGCAUGGUUAGACCACAUGGGAUCCAGGGAGAGAUAGCUGCCUGAAUACAGAAUUGGUUUCACGGAAGGAAGCAGAGGGUGAUGGUGGAAGGUUGCUUCUCUGUGAUCAGUGGGUGCCUCAGGAAUCGGUGCUGGACCCAUUGCUAUUGGUGAUUUAGAUGAGAAUGUGUAAGGCAGCAUAAGUAAGAUUACAACUAAAGUAAUCUGGUAGAUAGUGAAGACGUUUUUCAUGGUGGGAGUUUCAAAAACACACUGCCAGAGGAGGUUGUGGGAUCAGGCACAAUCGACCAUUUCAAGGAAUGUUUAGACAGGCAGGAAUAGGCGUAAUUGAAGGAUACAGUCGUAAUACGGCUAAUGGGGUUAGUGUAGACGGUAUUGGACAAGAUGGGCCGAAAGGCAUGUUCCUGUGGUGGUUCUUGGGGUCAAUGAAUGGAACCUUGGCCUGGCAAUGAACAUCGUCUGCUCCACAUGACCUGUGACCUUCUGACCUGGGUCAGGCCAGCUCAGCAGCAGGUCAAUGGUCAAUGAGGAAUACGCUGGCCAUAAUUGUCCCAUGACAUUUAGCAGUAAGAGUCUGUGUAGUUACUCCAAUCACAUUUGCCUCCUUCCUUGAUUGUGAUGACAAUGUCUCUGUCCACAGUGGCCACGCUGUAGCUGCUGUUGGGUUGGUUGUCAUGUUGUCCUUCAGUCAAUGACUUAAUAAGAACAAUUUUCAAAGUUCUUUCAGAUCUUCAGUAAAGGUUUUCUUGGAGUAGGGUAGACAUCCCAUAGGAAGGGUAACUAAUGCCAUCCACCGGCCAAAGUAACUGACCACCUUUCUCCAUUGGCCAAUCUGACUGCAUCUUGCCAUGUGCUGAAGUAAGUGGCCUUCCUAGUUUUAUUUGGACAUUCCGUUGAAGUAUUUCUGCGAAUGAGCUGGAUCUUGUGUAAAACUUAUGCAUUUAACAACCACAUCCAUCCAACUUUCAUGCUUAUUAAUGUAAAAAGUAGAAAGCAAAAGGAUUUGAGUAUAGGGGCAGGGAGGUUCUACUGCAGUUGUACAGGGUCUUGGUGAGACCACACCUGGAGUAUUGCAUAGUUUUGGUCUCCUAAUCUGAGGAAAGACAUUCUUGCCAUAGAGGGAGUACAGAGAAGGUUCACCAGACUGAUUCCUGGGAUGUCAGGACUUUCAUUUGAAGAAAGACUGGAUAGACUCGGUUUGUACUCGCUAGAAUUUAGAAGAUUGAGGGGGGAUCUUAUGGAAACGUACAAAAUUCUUAAGGGGUUGGACAGGCUAGAUGCAGGAAUAUUGUUCCCGAUGUUGGGGAAGUCCAGAACAAGGGGUCACAGUUUAAGGAUAAGGGGGAAAUCAUUUAGGACCGAGACGAGGAAAACAUUUUUCACACAGAGUGGUGAAUCUCUGGAAUUCUCUGCCACAGAAGGUAGUUGAGGCCAGUUCAUUGGCUAUAUUUAAGAGGGAGUUAGAUGUGGCCCUUGUGGCUAAAGGGAUCAGGGGGUAUGGAGAGAAGGCAGGUACAGGAUACUGAGUUGGAUGAUCAGCCAUGAUCAUAUUGAAUGGAGGUGCAGGCUCGAAGGGCCGAAUGGCCUACUCCUGCACCUAUUUUCUAUGUUUCUAUGUUUCACUGGUGAAUGAUAGUCCAGGGAAUCAUGAAUGGAGAGGCCAGUGGAGGUUCAGUUAAAGAUGGCAUCAAUUUAUUUGUUGCACUGAAGUGAAUGGCGAGAUCAGGGUCAGUGCAAGGGCAUGCAGCAAAAGGAUCUCGACUACAAACGUCACCAAUUCCUUUUCUCGAGAUGCUGCCUGUCCCGCUGAGUUACCCCAGCUUUUUGUGUCUAUCUAUGAGGUAAAGAAUCAGUACGGUCUGACUGAGUGGUGGAGCAGGUGUGGAUGGCCAAUGUCUACUGUUUAUCUUCCAUGCUGAUGGUUUAAUUCCUUGACCCUUGACGUUCCUUGGCCACCAGCCCCGAGCCCCACCACUGUCCGGCAUGAAGUGGUGAAGACCAUGCGGCUUGCGGUGCUGGGAAAAUGCAGAUCCCUGUGUCUGACUAUGCCAGGCAGUUGUUCAACUCAUUGUGGACCUGUAACGGCAAACCACCCUCACCCUCCAGUGGCUCCUGGAAUGCACUCCUAGCCCUCAAUCUCCAAGAGAUGUUUGUGGAUCCACUGUGCUCCCAGCCCACUCAUUCUCUGCAGCAUGAUAUUUUGGUCCAAGGUCAAGCAAACUGUUGUUGAUUUAUUGAUGGGAAGCGGUAGGCAAAGUAGAGCUGGUCCCACUCUCCCUUCUCAUCAGUUUGAUACUUGUAGCGAAGGGCAUCCAUGGCAAUUGAUGAGUCGGGUGAAACUCAGUUAAUGGCAAGGGCCGGAGCAGAAUAUUCUCUGCAACCGCCCUUCCAGAAUAUUAAACAUUCGUUAUAGUUUAACACUGGAACACAGGCACAAGCCAAGGUCAUCCCACCACCGUUAAAUCAUGGAUAAUCUGUCCCCUAAUGUAGACUACCUGCCCUCGCU